AAGACGCGGGAGGGAGGAGUUUGCAAUCUUCAGUUUCUUGUGGAUCUCUGCCGCGCUGACAUCGUCUCUCUGCUCGGCAGCGCCAGUCCACGGUACCGGUCCACGGUGCCAGCCCACGGUACCGCUGCUCUUUUUUUGUCUGCUGUGUCCACAUCUACACACACACACACACACACACGCGCGCACACACACGUACACACACGCGCGUGCGGGCGCGGGAAUCAGCGAGCUGAUGGACACGGCGAGGAGGACGCUCCGUCCCGCGUAGAAGAAGAAGAAGAGGAAGAAGAAGAGGAAGAAGAAGAAGAAGAAUUUCCGUUCUCGGUGUUGGAUUGGAGAGCAACGUCCUGACAAAAAGAAAGAAGAAAACAAAAAAACAGGAGGAAAGGAUCGCGCACCUCUCUUUAUGCGCGCGCACGAGCGUGGCCCCGCAUCGUGGUUGCACCUGGGCACGCGCGUGAACGCCCCCCCCGCCCCCUCCUCGGCAGCAUGCCACGCAGGAAGCAGCAGGCGCCUCGACGGGCUGCAGUGUACAUGCCCGACGAUGAAGAUGCGGCUCCUCAAGACGGCGUCAUGGAGGAAGACGGAGAGACCGACGCUCUGACGGAAGAGGAAUGCUCAGAGAAGACCAGCCCCAAAGUGUCCGAGGACCGCGAGCUGGACAACAGGAGCAGUAACAGUUACAGCAACCAGAACUCUCCCGCCAGCCUCCUGUCUAACCAGGAGGCAGAGCUAGAGUCGCACCUGAGCGACACCUGCGACAGGCUUGCCGACUUUAAGAACUCAGACGCACCGCCAGACGACGAGGGUUGUAAACGCAAGGACGAGACAGGGAGCAGCUUGCAGAAAAUGCGUGCGGCGUAUGCAAACUUUCUUUCGGACUCCUACUGGACGGCAGUUGGGACGGACUUGAAAGCGGGCAAAACCACCAGCAAAGCCAACUGCGACAGCACCAACGGCAGCACCAAGAGUGACUUCGACUGGCACCAGGACGCGCUGUCCAAGACCCUGCAGCAGACGCUGUCCCCGAAGCCUCCGUCCAAACCCAACCUCUUCAGUUCCGUGCAUCUGUACCGGCAGAGCAGCAAACCCUGCGGCUCAGUGUUCACGGGUGCCAGCCGCUUCCGCUGUAAGGACUGCAGUGCCGCUUACGACACCUUGGUGGAGCUGACGGUCCACAUGAACAAGAGUGGACACUACCAGGACAACAACCUCAGCAAGGAAAAUAGUUCAUCUGCCUCGUCCUCAAAAUCGAGGAAACGUAGCUUGCAGGAUCUGGAAGGGAAGGAGGAUGCACAGAAGGUCUUAAAGUGCAUGUUCUGUGGUCAUUCCUUUGACUCGCUCCAGGAUUUGAGCGUCCACAUGAUCAAAACGAAGCAUUACCAAAAAGUGCCUUUAAAGGAGCCAAUCCCAGUCAUCACCCCAAAACUACUUCCACCAGCAAAGAAGCGGGCCUUCGAAAGCGCCAGGCCGUGCUCCCCGGACUCCACUACCGGGGCAUCCGGGUACGGUGACACCCAGCGAGCCGGUGUCGCGUCGAACCCCAACAAUAACCGCUAUGGCUAUCAGAAUGGCGCCAGUUACACUUGGCAGUUUGAGACGUGCAAGUCUCAGAUUCUGAAGUGCAUGGAGUGCGGCAGCUCCCACGACACCCUGCAGCAGCUCACCACGCACAUGAUGGUGACGGGACAUUUUAUCAAGGUCACCAACUCCGCUUCCAAGAAGGGGAAACAGUUAGCUCUCGACCCCUUGGCGGUGGAGAAGAUCCAAGGCUUAGUCGAGGCCCCCUCUGAAGCAGACGGAGACAAGAUGUCUCCUAAGAAUGUUUCCCCUGGAGGCAGCGAGAGGGAUGGGGAGGACGGUUCUUCCAAAGGGGACGAAAGUGAAGGGAAGGAUGAAAAGCUAGAGAGUGAAGAUCAAAAGGCAGGAAACUUCAAGUACCCUUAUCUCCGUGAGGAGGAUCUGGAGCAGGACUCGGCCGGAGGCGGGGACAUCCUUAAGUCUUUAGCCAACACAGUUGCUUCGGCCAUCAAUAAAGCUCAAACAGGAACGCCGAGCUGGAGCGCCUAUCCGAGCAUCCACGCCGCCUAUCAGCUCUCCGGCAUCAUCAAAAGUGUCCCUAUUUCUACCGCUGCGUCGCCUCCCGCUCAGGUGAAGCAGACAUUCAACCAAAGGCUGCGGCCGAUCGCCCCUAAGGGGAGGAACCACGAUGCCACGGGCCCGGAGGGUCCCCCGGUGUUGCAUAAUGACAGCGACAUCAAACAGGACGUGAUCAGUGACGGUAAAGACGGCGAGAGUGCGAAGUUUGAUCUGAUGGAGACGGAUGACAGCGACUGUCAGGAUGAUUGCUCCUUCUCUUCAAAGCCUGAUGCCAACACUGGGAAUGAUGGCGGCGAGGCGAUCAAAGCGAAGAUGAGCCCAGAUUUCUCUGACAGAGGCAAGACUCCGAGCCCCUCCGCCGGCGACAGUGAUGCUCCGGAUAUCCUUGCUGUAAACCCUCUCAGUGCACUGCAGUCAGUCCUGAACAAUCACCUCGGCAAAGCCAAUAAACCCAAAAACUCACGAUUAGACAAACUAUCUUCUCACGCCCAGUCUAUUUUUGCUAACAUGAAUCAAAAGCCAGCACUAAUACUCGCUAAUCCUGCGAGGAAUAAGCCGAAGAAUAGCUUUCUCUUUGCGAGUGACGACCAGCCGAUAGACUUGACGAAAUCCAAACACAGCAAGCCCAGGUCCUCGCUGCCCGCCGUGCCGCACAAGUACGCUCUGUCCGACAUCGCCGACAUGGUCAAAGUUCUCCCCAAAGCCACCACGCCCAAACCCCCCGUAGCCUCCAGGCUCCCCACCAUGAAACUCGAAUCCGACGUCAGGCGCUUCGAGGAUGUGUCCGCCGAAGUCUACUCGGUCCACAAGCGCAAGGGCCGCCAGUCCAACUGGAACCCUCGCCACCUUCUCAUCCUGCAGGCGCAGUUCGCCUCCAGCCUCUUCCUCACCUCGGAGGGCAAGUACCUGCUGUCUGACCUCGGCCCUCAGGAGCGCAUGCACAUCUCCAAGUUCACCGGACUCUCCAUGACCACCAUAAGCCAUUGGCUGGCCAAUGUCAAGUACCAGCUGCGGAAAACCGGCGGCACCAAAUUCCUAAAGAACAUGGACACGGGCCACCCCGUCUUCUACUGCAACGACUGUGCUUCGCAGUUCAGGUCGCCGGCCGCCUUCAUCUCCCACCUGGAGUCCCACCUGGGCUUCCAGAUCAAAGACAUGUGCAAGAUGCCCGUGGAGCACCACUCCAAGGCAGAGGAGGCCCAGCUCCCCAAGGUGCUGGGACUCGUCCGUCCAUCCGAGACGCCGCUCCCCGACGAGGACGGCGACUCCAAGUUCAAAUGUAAGCUGUGCUGUCGGACAUUUGCCAGCAAUCACGCCGUCAAGCUCCAUUUGAGUAAGACACACAGCAAGUCCCCCGACAACCACUCGCAGUACGUGGAGAUGGACAAGGACUAGUCGCGGUCACAUUUCCUAUUUAGGAAACACAAACACGGGUCGGACAUUUUGAACUUUUUUUUCCCCCCAGUUAGCGUUGUGUAGUGCACAUUGUCACCACUUUUGAGGGACGCUGGUUCGGAGAUGCCGGUUCGGAGACGGCGUCUGGUAAUUCCACGCCUGCUUGAAGAAACUUCAGUGCUGAUGUUUGCAUGUGUAGCCACGCCAUGACUACUAUUUAUUAUUUCUAUGAUACUCUUUCAACGGUACUUCAAAGGCCACAUCAUGGUAAAUAUUUGGAAUACAUGUAAAAAAAAAAUAUAUUUGGAGUACAUCUGACCCAUUUCUGAGAUGUUUCCUGUUGCCGUCGUAGAAACAAAAAAAAAGCACUUUAAUAAAUGUUUAAUCAGCAAUUUGGAUUCUCGACAAGGAGCAAAACAAUUUCACGCGUAAAAGGAAAAACGAAAACACACGCAACAAACCUGUGAUACCGGCACCUUUUUUUACAUAUUCAAAUAAAGACUUAACAUUUCAUAACCGCUUGUCUUUGUGUUUUAUUCAUUGAUCAUUUCUUUCUUCCCAGUCCCACUAUCACGCAAACAUGGCUUUUUAAGGCCUCACUUUUGGUCCCGAGGGUAAAAAGUGUGACCAUAUAAAUUCAACUAAAAUGUUUCUUAAUAAAUUCAAAAAAUAUAUAUCAAAUAAGAUGAGAUUACAUUGUAUUAUUAUUAUUAUUAUUAUUAUUAUUAUUAUUAUUAUUAUUAUUUUAUUGCUAAUAAAUAUUAUAUUAUAUAUAUUAUACAGCAAUAAAAAAUAAGACACCAAUUAUAUAAAAAU